AAACACAUCCCCCUCUCCGGCGCCACUGUUCUGUUCUCCCCUCCCCGGCGUCUCCCUCUCUCUUCGCCGCCGCCACCGCCGCCACAGCCGUCAGGGAUGGGCCAUGCUCCGGCUAAAGGAGAGCGCUCACCGCCACCGCAUCCUCCUCCGGGCCGUUGCCACUUCUGGCUACCCAACAAACGCCGCCACUGCGCCAACUCCCCGCUCCCUUCCUCUCAGUACUGCGGCAACCACCUUCCCACCACCGCCUCUGGCGCCGGUCGCCGCGUCCCCUGCCCCGUCGACCCAUCGCACACGGUGCUCGAGGAGAACCUGGAUGCGCAUGUCGGCAAGUGCCCCCUGAAGAAGCAGGUUGCCGCGCUCGCCGCGCAGCCGUACUACUCCAAGGGCGUCAACUCCGGCGGGGGCGAGGCUGGCCGCGGCGUCACGUCGGCGGAGAAGCGCGCGGCCGUGUACGGUCUCACGGAGGAGGAGUUCCGGAAUCUGCUGGGCAAGAUCCGGUCAUCACACGCGGCCGUGGCAAUGCGCGAGUCCUACCUGAUCACCGAUGCUUGCGAAAAGUGGAUGAGAGGGCAGGUCGAUAGGAAGGUGCCGUACCAGGAGAAGCAUGUCGCACAGCAGGCCUCCAUUGUUGGAAACAUGGAGGCAUUUGGUUUGCUGCAGAGGGGCGAUGUGGCGGUGGUCAAUGGGGAGGAUGCGGCGGUGAGUGCUCAGGCGGUUGUGGAAUUUGGAGCUGGGAGAGGGUACUUGACGCAGGUGCUGGUGGACUGUUAUGGGAUUGCAAAUGUGUUUUUGGUUGAGAGACGGUCUUACAAGCUCAAGGCUGAUCGAAGUUUGCGACAAAAUGAAGCUGUUACUUUGAAGCGUCUGAGAAUUGAUAUUGAGGAUUUGAACCUGCAUGGAAUAGAGGAAUUGAGUGGACUUCAGUAUCUAGCAAUUGGGAAACAUCUAUGUGGACCUGCGACAGAUAUGACCAUGAUGUGCUGUCUUCAUGAGCAAUAUGACCCAACAGAAGAAAAACACUAUGGCAAACAUCAUCUCCAGGGCCUUGCUCUAGCUACCUGUUGCCACCAUCUUUGCCAAUGGAAGCAUUACACAAAUAAAUCUUUCCUCUCAGGACUAGGGAUUACAGAGGAAGCAUUCCAUGCUAUGACAUGGCUUAGCAGCUGGGCAGUGGAUGGUGAUCACAGCUCCCAAGAUUCCUCUGUGGAGGUUGAAGACACGUCUUCUGAAGUCAGAGAACCAGAAAAGCCUGGUCCGGAGGCUGUUGGAAUUGCGAGAAUUAUCCGAAGUAUACCGGCAGAGGAGAGGGCCUCUUUGGGAUUCAUGUGUAAAGAUAUCAUCGAUACUGGGAGGCUGCUAUGGCUUAGACAGAAGGGUCUAGUUGCAGAUCUUGUAAGCUAUGUUCCAUCAAACAUUUCACCAGAGAACCGACUACUCAUCGCAAAAUGUAAAUCUUGAUUGGGUUGAACAGAAGCUGCAUGUAUUUUGGCCCAGCGAAAAUAUUCAAACUUCAGCUGUAAUAGAUUGUGCUGAAAAAUAUAAUCGUGAGAUUUUCAAACA